AUGCGCCAUAUCUUGGGCGAACGAUACGAUGCACUGGUGAAGGGCAAACGUCUUCCUGUCGGGACUCCGCCAAAGCCGGAUUCUAUCCGCAUCAGGAUUGGUAGCCAGGAUAUGCGCAUUGGUGGGAGCUCUGCGACAGUCCGGCCAAUAUCCAAAAACUGUGACGCAACAGCGUCUUCUCGCCAUAGCAGCGGGCAUCGAACCAACAGUGGCCACUCUAUGUCUUCUUCUGUGCUGCCUCUCGCUUCGGAGCCUGCUAGCCUACAAAGACCUCUUAUCAACGAUCGCAAGAGUGAAUACGAUGCUUGGAUCAAGUCAUUCUUGUCUUCAGAGGAUAGUGAUAGUAGCUUCAAUCAACAAGCUGUUCACGAUGCCCGGCUUUAUGCAGCACAAGCCAUUCAAUGCAGUAGGUUGAAGAAAGCUCCCUCCGCAGAAGAUUCGCAUGAGGCACUCGUCUUCAGGAACCCGCUGGGAGCAGCUGUACCCUCCGUCAGAACCGCGGCGAGCCAUAUAGCAACACAUGGCUCAAUAUACUCCUCGACGGAGCCUGAUCCGGUGCCUCUUGAUAGCGCCUUUUCCGAGGAAAUAAGGGAAUGUCGGCCCUCCGCCAGCAUGCAGACCAACAGAUCUAUCUCCACUUAUAACUCGGAUAGUAACCCUGAAAACCAUGGGCAGAAGCACUCUAGGCCGUCGUUCUAUACCAAGCUGAAUUCUUUGGCAAAUGAAAGCCAUUCGGUACAAGGUGAUGGCGGUCACCAGGAGUUCGAGGCGAUGUCUGACGCCAGCAUAAGAGGUAAUGCUCCGGCCUCAACCAUUCACCUUAUACAAAAGCCAUUGAUUCGUGGGCCAGCCUCAGGCUAUGACAUUAGCUCUGUUGUCGCCGAGCCGGCGCAGUCAAGUUCUUCUGAGGUUCAAAGUUCUGCGUUCAAGUUCGCAGCUCCGAAGUUAUUUAUCGGCAAGCGUGCAACUCAGUCGGUCUCUAUGACACCUAAACCGGCUAUUGUUACCAUUGGGCGCGGUCGAAAGGGAAGAUCUCGAGGUGAUAAACUGCGUAUGAAGAACCACGAGAGAACCAGCAUCCGUCACCUUCCGAACUACUACGGUGAUCCUAUUGAAGAGUUCAGUGAUGAGGUAGAUCUCAUUGUCUGUCCAAAAUCAUCACCAUUGUUUGGAACAUUGCAGACUGAGUAA